AUGCGCACAGCUGGGGAUUUUGCUCCGGACUUCGCAGACUUGGUAGUCGCCGGCAAUGAGCCACUGCUAGAGCCGAGCAGACUUCCUGCGCAAUGUCAGCGUGUGCCUCAAGCCCACUUACACUGCCCAAGAGUAAGUUCUUGUAUUUGCUUGCAAGAGCUUCAGAGGCCCGUAAAUGUACGUAUUUCAGCUGAGCAAGGAGACGUUGACUGGAACACUCUAGGGACAACUCUUGUCGACCAUCUCAUUGCAGAGUCGUUUUGUCUCAAUCGCUUGGACAAGAAAUAUGGAGAUCCACCCACUGAAGUUGCAGCCAUUUAUGACACUAGUUGGCAGUUUGACUAUGAGAAGGAGGAUGUUGUUGUGUUCAGAAAAAAAAACAGAGGUUCGAAACUGUCCUGCUUUGCUGGUCGAGGACUCGUUUGUGCGCCGCACACGGUCGUUGGUGAGUUUAUGACUGAUCCAGAGUCUUCAUUUCUCUGGGACAAAUUCCUGACAGAAUCAAAAUAUCUCAAAAUAUUUUCUCAGACUGAAAGUCGCACCGAUUACCUUGGCUACCAGAAGUUUUCAUCGUCCCACUGCUUUUCCUUCCUGCAGAGAGACAUUCUUUGCUUUAUUCGCAGCGGAGAUAUUAAUGGAAAGUUUGUCCACUCCGCCGUGUCAGUUGAGGACGAACACUACCCACCACAGAGAUUUCUACCCAGAUGCAAUAUAUAUUUGGGCACUGGGUUUGUGAUAGAGCCGUUCAGAGGCAGCCCUAACACUUCUCUUGUUACGUACUUUGGACAUGUUGAUCUAAGAGGUUUUCCCCUGUUCAUAAUGAAUCAAGUGAUGCGGAUGUACCCGAUGGCAAUCAGACUGAUCAGUAAGAACUUUGAGAGCCAGGCAUCACUCCAGCACCUCCCCUCUCCCUCACCACCCCCGGCCCACCCCUCCCCCACCUCCCCUCCUUCAUCACAUGAACAGAGUCUCCCCUAUCAAGACGACCUCUCCCUUAAUGCGCUUCUUUUAGAGAAAACCCACGAGAAUGGCAAGCAGCAGCGGUGCCAGCGAUCCGUCGCUGCUAGAGCAAGUACUGCUUUCCCCUCAGCUCUGAACUAUGACGAAGCGACGAUGGCUCAAGUGGAGCGUAUCCAGAAAGAGAAUCUGAGAUCGCGCUACUCGCAGCUCCGUAGGACUCGUGGAGAUGGCAACUGUUUCUUCAGAGCCUUUGCCUUUGGCUACAUGGAGGGCUUGCUACGUGACAAGUCUGAUCUGAGCAGGUUUAGAGAUGCAGUCAACAAACAGAAGUCUGAUCUACUGGCUCUGGGCUACCCGACUUUUACUCUCGACGAUUUCCACGAUAACUUCAUGGAGACGUUGGAAGAAGUUGCAAAUCCAGCAACCACCAUUCAAAGCCUCACAGAGAAAUUUCAGGACCAAGGUUGCUCAGACUAUGUGGUGUGCUACCUUCGCAUCCUCACCUCAGGACACCUGCAGACAAACAGUCAGUUCUUCCAGGCAUUCGUGGAGGGAGGCAAAACCAUGAAGGAAUACUGCAGUCAGGAGGUGGAGCCAAUGUACCACGAGUGUGACCACAUGCACAUUACGGCCCUGACGGCAGCUCUGGGUGUCCCGGUACGAGUGGAGUACAUGGACAGAGGGGAAGGGGGUGUGGUCAACCACCACGACUUUCCCGAAGAAGGCUCACAGCCAGUCAUUCACAUACUGUACAGACCUGGUCACUACGACAUCCUCUACAGAUAACCAGCACCACCACAACAAACACACACUCAGUCACAAACACUUCUUCAACACCAACAGCAACUUGACUAGGUGUUCCUUUCAUAAGAUGGUGUAGCAGAACUCUCUCUGAUGACAUUUGACAUCAACAGUAUGAUGAUGAUAUUUGUGUGAAACGCUCCUGAAUGCAUCAAUAAUUGCACCUACAUACCUGGCAUGCAUGAUCUGUCCAUCAAAUGAGAUAAGCUGACUACAGUAGCUGUCAACAGUGUAUGUUAUACACACACACACACACACACACUUUAAUCGGCCUCAGCUAGGUGACUGUCUUGUAGGUACCCUCGCUGAUAGAGAAGAUGUGACUGGCCUCUUCCAGAUGGUCAAUGGCUGCUCUCACUGCAGCAGCUGGCACGUGCUGCAAUCUCUGUGUCCCUCGGACGUGCUCCACGAUCCACUCUUGAGGGACUCCACGAGUAGCUGCCCCUGGAUGGUGGAGCUUGUGCUUUAUAAAGUCUAGUA